UUUUCUUUUUCUUUUUGUUGAAGACCAAAAUCAAAGUUGCUUGAUACAUAAACACAGGGUAAGUAUUUGGGGGCCUAAAAUGGCGACCGGCGAAGAAGAAGAGAGAGUUUUGGAAGAACAGCUAGAGAUUCAAUUACAUGAACACCGAGACUCCCUCUCUGCCAUCUCCCAUGCCCUUCUCUCCGACCCCUCCAACUCUGAACUUCUUGCGGUUCAAGAGGAGCUUGUUCAGGCAAGUAAAGAUGCGGAAGAUGGGCUUUUUCAUCUCAAGCGUGCAAGGUUGUUGCGAGAGACUGAUGUUGCCCUACAAGGUACCAAAUCUACUAUCGAGGAUGUCAUGGUUGAGUCUCUUGAUACACCAGAUCUCCAAGCAGAACCACUGAAAGAUCCGAGUUAUUCAAUCGGAUCUAAAUGUAGAUUUAGACAUACAGAUGGACGAUGGUAUAAUGGUGUAGUAAUUGGUCUAGAAGAGUCUGAUGAAGCAAAAGUUUCUUUCUUGACUCCAACAUCUGAAAACAUGCUGAUGUGCAAGUUCUUUCAACAGCAAAGAUGUCGAUUUGGUUCUAGUUGCCGCUUAUCACAUGGGAUUGAUGUCCCAAUAUAUUCCUUGAAGACAUAUAGGCCCACAAUUUGGGAUCAAUCGAUGGCGGGGUCUAGUAUUUGGGCUGUCGCUGACAGUAAAGCUGGCAUUUGGCGGAAGGCGGAACUUGAAUUAUGGGAUGACAAACUUAGUCUGGCGAAAGUUAUUUUUCUAGAUGAUGGAAGCUCUUUAAAGCUUGGAACUGAAUCUAUUUCAUUGUCUGCAUAUGCUCAGUUGUCUGAUGAAGAAGACAACUCAAGCUCUGAGCAUUCUGAUUAUAGUGACUAUGACGAAGAUAACUCAGAAGGUUUAGGGUUUCAGGAAAAUUCUACCCUGCAGAGGGGAAUCCAGACUGAAACUGCUGUUUUUGCGAAAUGGGAGAAUCACACUCGUGGCAUUGCUUCAAAGAUGAUGGCUAGUAUGGGUUACUCCGAAGGUAUGGGUCUUGGUGCUACGGGUCAGGGAAUUGUGGAUCCCAUCUCUGUGAGAGUCCUUCCAUCAAAGCAAUCUCUUGAUCAUGCACUGGAAUCUCGAGAAAAUGGAGAGAAAAAUGAUAACACUGAAAAGAAACGAAGCAGAGGUGGAAAGAGGAAACGCGACAAGAAAUUUGCAGCAGCUGCUAGGGCAGCAAAAGAGGCAGAGGAACCUAGCCCUGAUGUCUUUAGUCUUAUUAAUACCCAGCUUGCGAAGCACAGUGAAGCCUUAAAUGGUGGAAGGUCAGGAAUAAAUCAGCAGAAUAAGUCCUCUAAGAAGGGGAACAACGAAGAUAGGCGGGCUUUAGUUGCUUAUACUGAUGAGGUGAAGGAAUUGAGAAUGCGAAUCGAGAAGCUGGAAGAAAUGGUUACCCGAAACAAGAAAGAGAAGGUGGUAUAUGAGGCUGCUAUGAGAAAACUUCACGAGACUCGGAAAGCUCUGGAACGGGUUGAGGCGGCUCAUGCAUCUGCUUCAACUGCACUUUCUAGUGAAGAAAGGGAAAAGAAAUGGCUCAAGUUCUAGUAGUUGCUGAGUUUUAUAUCCCUAUGUACUCAUUGCUUGUUUUUCAUAAUUAAAUCUGAUCUGUAAAACUAGAGUCCUUUAUUAAGGAAUGGCGUCGAAUCCGUGUAGUUUGUAUGUUUGCAAUUCUACAGUUCUAGUUAUCCUGUGGAGCUGUGUUUCGAAGCGAGCUUGUGGCACAAGACUUGAGUUUUGAAAAGAUACUAUGAUCAUUGUAAGUCA